ACAAUGGGGAAUGAAGCUGAUAAGAAGUUCACUUGGGUUAUUAAGAAUUUCUCCUCUUUGGGAUUCAAGUCUGUUAGCUCUGAUGUAUUCGUGGCUGGUCGCUGCAAAUGGCGUCUUUGCGCCUUUCAAUGGGAAGUUGACAACUGCAGUUCUUCUUUAUAUCUGUAUUUGGCUGUUCCUAAUCAUGAAUCUUUACCAUCUGGAUGGAGACCACACGCUAAAAUCUCCGUUACUAUUGUAAAUCAAAUUCCUGGAGGAGUCUCUCAACUGAGAGAAGCUCAAUACUGGUUUGAUCAAAGGAACAUCGACUGGGUUUUUCCAUCGAUGAUUCUUCUUUCAGACCUUUAUGCUAGAGAUAGCGGGUUUCUUGUAAACGAUGAACUAAAGAUUGUUGCAAAGGUUGAUGUUCUUGAAGUUGUCGGUGAACUAGAUGUACCAGUGGUAACUACAGACUUCGUGGAUAUCAAUGGGUUUCAAGUCCUUGCUUCACAAAUAGAAUCUGUGAACAGUUUAUUUAAAGAUCAUCCAAACAUUGCAUCAAAUGUCCGUGCAAAGAAUCCACAUCUGAGAACAACAUACUUGAAUGUCCUACUAGGCCUGACUACGAUUCUAUGCAAGUCCUCUGGCGAACUCUCCAACAGUGAUCUUGAGGAAGCAUAUUCUGCAGUGAGAUUUGUGACAAAAGCGGGGUUUAACUUGGACUGGUUAGAGGAGGCAUUGAAAGAGGCUUUUCAGAUUCAGAUUCAAGAAAUUGAGGAAAAGUUGAAUGAGUUGACUGAAAAGCGUGCACACAUGAAUACGCUGCUGAAGACCCUAGAAUGA